GGAGGAAGAGGCCUCGCGCCGAGGAGGGAGCAAUUGAAUUUCAAACACAAACAAGCGCACGAGCGCGCACCCACCGCGCCACCGCCUCGUCCCGGAUCGUCGGCCGCCCCGUCCGUGCGGCGCGCGCGGCCCGAGACGCCGUGGCCGCGCCGGAGCUCGGGCCGGGGGCCGCCAUCGAGGCGGGGGCCGCGCGCGGGCCGGAGCGGAGCGGCAGCGCCGCCACCGCCGCACGCGCAAACUUGGGCUCGCGCUUGCCGGCCCGGCGCGGAGCCCGGGGCGCCCGGAGUCCCGCCAUGUCGCGGUCCAACCGGCAGAAGGAGUACAAAUGCGGGGACCUGGUGUUCGCCAAGAUGAAGGGCUACCCGCACUGGCCGGCCCGGAUUGAUGAGAUGCCGGAGGCCGCAGUGAAGUCAACGGCUAACAAGUACCAAGUCUUCUUCUUUGGGACCCACGAAACGGCGUUCCUGGGCCCCAAAGACCUCUUCCCGUACGAGGAGUCCAAGGAGAAGUUCGGCAAGCCCAACAAGAGGAAAGGGUUCAGCGAGGGGCUGUGGGAGAUCGAGAACAACCCGACGGUCAAGGCUUCCGGCUACCAGUCCUCCCAGAAAAAGCGCCUGGUGGCGGAGCCCGAGCCCGAGCCCGAGGCCCUGGAGGGGGAUGGCGACAAGAAGGGCAACGCGGAGGGCAGCAGUGACGAGGAGGGAAAGCUGGUCAUCGAUGAGCCCACCAAGGAGAAGAAUGAGAAGGGGGCACUGAAGCGGAGAGCAGGGGACCUGCUGGAGGACUCCCCCAAACGUCCCAAGGAGGCAGCAGAGCCAGAAGGGGAGAAGGAGGUGGGCGCGGUGGAGGUGGAGAGGCCAGUCCCCUCCGAGCCAGAGAAGAACAGCACAGCUGCCACCGAGCCUGGCUCUGGCCGGGGCCCCUCUCAGGAGGAUGAGGACGACGAGGAGGACGACGAGGAGGAGGGGGGAGCAACGACCAAGGAAGAGGCCGAGGCCCCUGGCAUGAGAGAUCAUGAGAGCCUGUAGCCACCAAUGUUUCAAGAGGAGCCCCCGCCCCGUUCCUGCUGCUGUCUGGGUGCUACUGGGGAAACUGGCCAUGGCCUGCAAACUGGGAAUCCCUUCCGCCCACCCCAACUCACUUCCCUCCUCCACUCACUCUCCCUGCUCCAAGCCCAGCCCCUGGAGAUUGUUUUCAGGAAGGGGCAGGCCACCUGGGCCCCACCUCUGUGUCCCCACACCUCUGUGCUCUGUCUGGGUCCAAGCCAUGUCUUCUGCUCCAGGGGGUGACAGGAGGCCUUUUGUCCCUUCCCUCCAGAGCCAUCUACCAGGGUUUUCCUGGUACCAGUGGUUCUGCCUCUGGGCUGGGGCACCCCUUGCCCUUUCCCCCAAGUAUUCAGAACCUCUCAGUUGGCGGGGGUCCCAAGUUGAGAGGGAGGGGUAAUGGGAGAGGGGUAUUUCUCACACUGGGCAGGGUGAUGUCUGGAGUCCUGUCCAGUCCCCCUGUACCACUUGGCCCUGCUGUCUGGAUUCAGGGGAAAUGGGACGGCUUGGGGGGGGCUGGGUGGCUCCCUGCUGAUUGAUGAUUGGCAAUAUCCAUUCUCCUUUUUGUGGGCCCCAGAACUUCUGGGAAUUGUAAUUGAUUAUCAAAAGGUUCCGGGGGCUUCCAAAUUGCUUGAGCUUUGGACCCUGGUCAGGACACUUGGCUGCACCCACCUUGGGUGGGGAGUGUGGAGAAAGCAUCUGCCCUCCUCUAAAUCUCAGGCCAGAGGGGGGCACCUUGCUUGGGGAGACCCCUGGCCCCCCCUGUUUCCCCUCCCUCACAGUACUCAAGGCCAGCCUACAGUCCCACAUCACCCAGACAUAACGGAAAAAAACACAUUUUUUAGGAAAUGUUUUUAAUAAAAGAAAACUACAAAAGAAAAAAAAAAAGAACUCCCCCCCCACUCCUGGUGUCCUCCCAUGACGUUCUUUUUCCCUCACUCUUGCCCCAUUCCUGGGGUGCACUUGGAGGCUCCCCUUCUCCUUGGGGCUUGAUGGCUUUUCCUUUUGUAGUGGGGGCUUUUGUGUUGCUCUCAGUGACAUUUCCCGUUCACACACCCCACCUGAUCCCCUCAGCUUUGUCAUCAAUGUGGUUGUCACACACUGAGAGGACAGGGGAAAUAACGCAAACCCUCCCCCACUUUCGGCGGUUCCCACGCCCUUCAUCUCGUCUCACCCCUGUUCCCUCCCCUUGGGCUCUGAUGAAAAAUUGCUGACUGUAGCUUUGGAAGUGUAGCUCUGAAAACUGUAGACGAUUUCAGUUCUAGGGAAAUAAAAACCUGUUGAUUACUACAUUG